AUGCAUUCAUUUAGCUUUCUCAUCAUUACAUUAUCAUUAUAUUUUUAUGGCUGUUUUGCCGGUUUACUUUCCGAACCGGAGCAGCCAUUAAGACCCGGCGAUUAUCCUGGCAGUUCUAAUACAGUCCCUGCGUCUCAGGUCCAGACAGAAGCCCAGACGUGCCGGCUGGACCUGUCAGCAGAGUUGUUCGGCGGUGUGAGUGCGGCUUGUGGAAGAAACCUCGACCGGAGCCGGUGCUGCCCAGUGCUGGCGGCGUGGCUUUUCGCUGCUCAUGCGAGGUCGGCUCUGCAGGUGCCAUCUACGGUACCUCCGGCGAGUUCCGACCUGCCGAUGAUGCCGGAUGAUUCGCAGAAGUGCGUCAACUCACUGCAGAACUCGUUGCAGAGCCGAAACAUUCACAUCCCUCAGCCAAAUGCUUCGUGCGACGCCGUGUUGUGCUUCUGCGGCAUCCGCCUCCACCAAAUCACCUCUUUGACCUGCCCCGCCGCGUUUAAUAUUACUGGGACUUACAGAAAUGCUACUCCCACCGCUGCUGUAAGGAAUUUGGAACAGAAUUGCAAGAAUUCUUCUUAUGCUGGUUGUACUAGAUGCCUUGGAGCUCUUCAAAAGUUGACAGGGGAUGGCAAAAAUGUAACAAAACAACUAGACCGCGAAAACAGCAACCGGGCCAGCAAUAUGUUGAGUCGGGAUUGCCAAUUGAUGGGACUAACAUGGCUGUUGGCGCUUAACAAGACGGCGUACAUACCAACCGUCUCGGCCGUGUUACGAGCCAUCAUGUACAGUGCACACCCUCCGCACGAGUCCAAGUGCAGUCCUGACCAGGAGAACAUGCCCUUGGCUGUCGACUCACUACAAUUCGAGAAAUACGAUUCGUCAUCAUCAAGACUAGCUAGUACAAAAUUUCCAAUUGCUAGAAGUUUGAUUCCACUUUUGCCCUUAAUCAUUCUUGGAUCUCUUUUUGGGUAA